ACUGAUAAAUUGAUAAGUUUUUGUUAUCAACAUUGUACUUUCUCGCGAAUUUAAAUUUAAUAAAAUCAAGAUUUCUGAGUAAAAUUAUGGUUUCAUGUAUUAUUGCGAUAAUAAAUACAUGACAUACAUUUAAUGUACAAAGGAAUAAAUUUAAUGGGGUAUCGUUUUAGUACUUCAAAAUGUCUCACAAUCUGCCUUGGUCUAACUUUCAUCAUGGGAUGUUUUCUAGCAUCUUUACCAAUACAAUCCGAUGCACCAGCAUUACCUAAGCCAAUAAGACAUCAAAUAUCUUCAGAAUAUCGACCUAAAAAGCGACUAGCGAUAAUAGUUCCAUUUCGCGACCGCUUCGAAGAGCUCUUAGAGUUUGUGCCACACAUGUUCAACUUCUUAAACAAGCAGAAAAUACCAUUUGAUAUAUUCAUCAUUCAACAAACAGAUAGUUAUAGAUUUAACAGGGCUUCUUUGAUAAAUGUUGGGUUUUUAUUGGUAAAAAACAAUUGCGACUAUAUCGCGAUGCAUGAUGUGGACUUGUUGCCUAUGAACAAUGAUUUAAGUUAUGAUUAUCCAGAAAAUGGACCAGUGCAUAUAUCAUCACCUCAGACUCAUCCGAAAUAUCACUAUGACACUUUCAUAGGUGGCAUACUGUUGAUUAAAAAUGAGCAUUUUGAGUUGGUGAAAGGUAUGUCGAACAAUUAUUGGGGAUGGGGGUUAGAGGAUGACGAGUUUUACGUUAGACUGAAAGAUGCAGGGCUGAAGGUUAAACGUCCGGAAAAUAUCAGCACAGGACCAGAAAAUACUUUUAAGCAUAUACACGACAAAACAUACCGCAAACGCGACAUGAGGAAAUGCUUCAACCAACGUGAGGUGACUCGCAGACGGGACCGGGUCACAGGACUCCACGACGUGUCAUACCAUCUGUUGGGGGAACGGAAAGUCACAAUAGACACUUUACCGUUAACUGUGCAUAACGUGCAACUGUUAUGUGAUGAGAAACUGACCCCUUGGUGUAAAUGCCCUGAGCCGCCAGCGAAAACUAAACCAAAAAAGACUUAAGACCCAUUCAUAUUGUACCUAAACACCAUUUUUUCUUACAAGUCAUGUAAACAAUUUUUUAUAUUACAGCAAAUGGACAUUUAAGAAAAUUUUAGAUAAACUUUAAGGUAGUUGAUAUAAUUUUUUAUUUAAUUUCAACAACUAUGUCACACAACUACAUAUUGUCUAUGGACAACAAGCUUCACAAAGAGCUAAGCAAAACUUCUACAAGACAAUACGCCAAUAUGGACGUAUGGACUCCCAACUGUGGGGAAGUGCAUGCAACUCAAACAUAACAAUAAUGCAAAGAUUGUAAAACUGUAUCUUGAGAAAUAUAGCCAAUACUCCAUGGUUUACAUGCUCUUAAGGAAGAGAUAAGACUCUGCAGCACGAUACAAAAAUCGGCUCGUAAACCACCCUAAUGAGCUGGCACAAGAACUAAACAACAUUAACUACAAUAAAAGGCUAAAGCGACAAGACAUUCAGGAUUUAGAUUCCACAUAUUGAAAAGUGCUGCGAUCACUGGGAUGCGACUACGACCAGACAUAGCUCUCAAGUGAUCCGCUAGAAGUUGAACUUAAAACAAUAAACAAAAUAAUUCAACAAUAAAUACUGUGAAGGUUCACUACAUGUUGGAACUCGUAAGAAAUAAAUAGUGUGCUUCUGGUGUUUAUGGCGUCCACAGGCUGCGGUGACCACUUCCCAUCGGGAGGGCCGCAUGCCUGUUUGCUCGUUCAGCAGUAUUAAAAGAAAACCUAUUUGCUUAAAGAUGUGUGUUGUUUUAGGUUUCCCCUGCUCUUGGAUACCGGUCAAUUGCCGCUGUAGAAUUUCUAACCGAUUAUAAUUCUUAAUCACAGUGUCUUUCUCAACCUUGACAUUGGCAAAAUAAUUGUUUGGCUAAACGAUGGAGCCAUAAAAUUAAAAAGUGAAGUGAAUGAAGAUGUGCAAUAUGAAUGGCAAUAAACUAUUUGGAUUGAAUACGAGCCAGUAAUGGGUAUUCACCCGGGUUAAAAACAUUUCAAACCAUACAUGAAAUAAGUGCAACUGGAUUUUAAGCCUGACUCUAGUUAAGAUUGGACCAAUCGGCACACAAGCGCCCCCCAUCAAUUUUUUGUCAAUUAAUUUUUGGGCGGAAACUGAAAAAUAUACCAAAGGAGAUGCUAUACAAUUGCAUAAUUGAUUUUGUUUGAAAGUAUUAUAUUUUUUUUCUAUUGGACACAGUUGCGACUCAAAUCAUUGUCGUAAAUUGUGGCUAUAAUGUUGUGUAAUGGAAAAUUAUAACACUAGGUAUCUACUAAAACCCUUGGUCUAGUGUGGCAAUGGAAGAUUAUGAUAUAAUUUACGCUAAUAAAUAAAAUAAAUUGAUAAAAUUCACAUUAUACCUACCUAUUCAGUUUUUAUACAUUCAUCUGUGAAUAAAUUUUACUCAAGAAUAUUAUCGAAUACUCAAUGAUAGGGUAAUGAUUGAAAUUAUCAAUUUUACUUACUUUUUUGUCUAAAAAGAACAACAGUUUUUAUUUUUUUCUGACAAUAUUAUUUCUCAAUUGAACUACCACUUCAAUAUAAAUAUAACUUUUCUUAGGAUAAAAUGUCCUCUAUUUAAUAAUCAACAUAUUUUGUAGGUGCACUUUAUAACAGGACGAAAAAAUAGUCUAUGAUUCCAGCUCUCCAACUACAAAGAACAUUAACACGUGCUUGCUCCGUUUUAAUGUGAAAAAAGGACAAACAAACACACUUUCAUAUAUUUUAUAAUAACAGUAUGGAUUAACAAAAGAACACUCAACUCAAUAUAUUUUUUAAUUAUGUCUAUUUAAAAAAUAAUAACUAAGUAUUUUCACUUGUAUCGUUUAUUCAGCAAUUAUUUUUUACCAUUAUAGGUUCUAAUGUGACCUAGUCCUGUACUUUUAAAUAUAAGUUUGUGACUGUUAUGUAAAUAAAACAAUUUAUAAAUAAAUAAA